CGGGACCAAAACUAUUCUUAGAGUAAUAUGUAGGAAACUUUGCCAAUGAGCACUCGAUCGACGAACGUUCGCAAGCAGCGUACAAGCAGAAGCCUAUAUGGUGGCGGUUCUGAGAUCUCUAACCACAUCAGCAGCAACCCAUUCGAUUCGCCGACGAGUGACAGAGACCCUUUCCCUUCGUUCAUGGCAGCGCUGGCCGAUGAGCAGUCGGUAGAGGAGACUGAAGAAGGCUCAGCGCUGAACUGGAGCAUUGACACGCUCGCGGAGCUCAAGCCCGUCACUUUCUCGCCGCUACCACAGCAGAAAGAUGCCGUCAACACGUCUGGAACACCGCACAGAACCAGCGGAUUCUUCGAGGACGAGAAGCAGUACGAGGUGCUGCGGACACCGCUGCCAGCAGGUCGACCGUCGAACAUGACGACGAUCAUGCUGACGCCGUCUCCAGCACCACCAAUCGAACGGCAUCGAAGCCGCAAAAAGACACUUACACAGUGUGAAUCUGCGCUGCGGGAGCGCCAGUACAAUACGAAUAGAAUGCAGGUCGCGUUGCCUCCUCCGACGCCGAAGCGGUCGGCACACCAGCGUGCAACGCCGCCAUCUCGAUCUACUCCGCUGCAACCAGCUAAAAGAAUUCGAUUCAGCACCGCAGUGACUCCGAUGAACGAGUGGAAGUCUCCAGCCAUGAGACCACCCAAGUGGUCGGCCUCGCCCACCGGCAUGGUGGUCAACAGGCAACCACUCUGUGCAACGCCAGCCACGCUGCAUUUCGAUACAAUGACGUCGUCGCCCCUUGUAAACUCGCCAAGGAACGUGACACCCAAGCAGAGCUCGAAACUGCGACUGUCCUUCGGCCUCUCGCCCAUCACGUUCCCAUCUCCACAAGUGGAGGAGAAGAUCGAGGAAGAGAAGAGCAAAGAGGACAAGCCAAGUAACGAAGAUACUAUAACGGCCGUGGGUGAAUCCGACAAGGAAAACAGCGAUCGGCAGACUAAAGAGAGAUCGUCAUCAUCCCACAGCACCUCGAGGAUGCGCCCGCCCGCUUCGAUGGAGCCAGCACGGUCUUCAAUCCCGCGGCGACGGCAGCAAGCGUUCAUCGAGGCGAUGGAAGCAGAGGCGCAGCAGCAGCGAAAAGCACAAGCUUAGGGAUUGACGUUGAUAGGGUGUUUAUUACUAAGUUUAGUAGUAGAAUAGCAAGACAAUCCUGUAGAUUAAAAUGCACAAAUAACUUAACGUCCUCUUCAUCAACCUCA